AUGGCUGAUGUUUCUUCUCCAAUCUCUUUCAAAAGACGGCGGCUCAUCGGCAACCUUCAUCACACCUUGGCCGAAGAAGCCAAGCGCAACCCUACUGUGGAGGGUGCAGAUGGGUUUUAUGAGUUCACCGCAGAGGAUUAUUACCGGCUUCGGAAGACCAAGAAGGAAGACAAGUUUUUGAAAACACAGAAGAUGAGGGAGGCAGAGCAGGCAAAGUGCAGGUCAAGGUUGACCAAGGCUGUGAUUAGGGUUAGGUUUCCUGAUAAUCACACAUUGGAGGCAACUUUUCAUCCGUCGGAUAAAAUCCAGAGCUUGGUUGAUCAUCUGAAGAAAGUUGCUGCUCGACCAGAAUUACCCUUCUACUUAUUUACUGCUCCUCCCAAGGAGGUGAUCAGAGACAUGUCAAUGGAUUUUUACUCUGCUGGGUUUGUUCCUGGGGCGAACGUGCAUCUUUCAUAUGGCAUACCUAAUUAG